AUGGAUAUGGAUAAUUACAACUCGCAAUGGGUAUCCUUCCAUAUCCGAGACCAUCUUGGCGAAGGCAAGAUAUUAGUGCAAAACACCAUCAUCGAAGGGGGUGGCGAGUUCUACAACGUGAAUGACCGCCGCCAAUCCCUCACCGAAGAAGAUGUCGACGAGCUCGUGAUCCCCCCGCUUGGUGUUGGCGAGAUAAGUGCACACGGCCGCCGUGGCAGUGAGGGUCGCCUUGAUCUUUUUCAUGGCGAAUCCAAGAUCUGCGAGCUCCAUUGGGAGAAUCGUGGAGGAGAAUUUACCAACUUGGUCGAGGUGCUGGAUAGCGACGACAAGUAUAAGAUCGUGCAUGGAGGCUGGAAUCCUGAUAAAGGCCCUUUGGGACAUGUUUUCGUUGAUAUUGAGAAGAGAAAUUUAUAG